AUAAGGAUAGCAUUAUGAGACAGUUCUGGCAACUUAUUUUUUCCCUCAUGCUACGAGUCGCGUCCGCUUCGAUUAUCUUGGUUCCGUUCCCGCUAGUCUAUCGUCCUUGGUAUUCCGGAAUAUACAAUAAAAAUGCUCAAUGGGCACCAAAUGAAGAAUUUAAAUGGCCAUGGCAAUACAGCUUUCCCCCUUUCUUUACUCUCCAACCUAAUGAAGAGACUCGUAAAAAGCAGCUCGACGCAUGGUGCCAUCUAGUUGUUUCUUAUUUCCAACAUAAAAAACAGACUAGUAUGAGUAUCUCGACUUUAUACGAUCAAUCAUUUCCUCUUUUUCACAACAAACAAAUUAAUCGUUGGGCUAAUGAAGCUUUUAUAGCUAUUAUUUUGGAUAAUUUGAAAAGGAGAGGAAAUCUGGAAUGGACAGAUAAGUCUCACAAGCACGCACGUAUUUCAUGGCGGACAUCGUCUGAAUGGGCUGAUCUUAUCUAUAAAUGGGCCCGAAAUACAGGUCGAGCAUCCUCAGUCUGUACAAUCUAUGAAAUUACUGAUGGAAGUGAAACAGAAAAUGAGGAUUUUCACGAGUUAGACGAAUCGGUUAUUUUGGAUGCACUAUCCAUCCUUCAAAAGCGAGGAAAAGCUGAAAUUAUGGAUGGCGGUGUAAACUACUUUUCAUCGUACUAUAUUGCGUCGUGUGCUGCGCAUACGGAGUACCUAGAUGUCACAGGGAUGGAUUAA